AUGCCAAAACUUACAGGAGAACAAUGCCGUAACGCUGUUGGAUGCCAUCAAGCAAGUGUGAACCAGGGUGAUGUUGCCAGACACAUAGGUGUUUGCAGAGUCACUAUAAGCAGACUUUGGAUACGUUACAAUAACACAGGAAGCACUCGUACAGAAAAAGAACUGGCUAACACGACGUGGUACAAAGCUACCCAGGCUUGUAGAAAACGUGGCGAAGAACUUUACCAUUCCACCGACAAGUCACACGUGGCUCGGUUUCUCAACAGGAACUCCGGAAAACACUGGAUCGGAGCUAAAGUGAUGUACUCUUCCUGGACAUGGACAGAGGAUCGGAGUACGCUGUUCAAGUACGAGGGAUAUCGAAAUGUAACAGAGGAGGAUAGAUAUGCGAAGAUAUUUUUGUACAGGAACCAAGCCGUCCGAUGCUACACGGGAUGUAAUACGAAAUAUAUUGGCCUACAGGGACCUAAAUGUUUUUGUGUUCGGUCACCUAAACUCUCACCAGAGACUACUGCGCAGGACCGGUGCUGGGGAAACUCUCAGGAAUACUGCGGUACCGCACAUGGAAUGAGUGUUUACAAAGUCGACCUUUUUGAAGAUGACUCCGUGCAAUGGACAUUUGGUUUGGAUGAUCUAUGUGGAUAUGUCAACUCAAUAGAGGUCUUUAUAGAAAACAUCAUGUACAUCAAAACGGAGAAACUGUGUCAAGCAAAGAAAUAUGGACACAUUUGUACAUGCAAAGAUCCCGAUGAGUGUGCAUGUAAGGCUUAUGACACGGAUACAGGUGACUGGAGUGCAGCCAAUCAAAGUUGUUCUCUUCUGAAAAUCGAACAUACUAUAGCCUGCAACAUCGAGGAGGAACAGCCAUACUGGAUUGGUUUGAGUCGCUAUCGAUACAUUGGAUGGGUUGAACGUGAUGGGAGUAUCGAUGUACCCGAUACGGGUAGAAGUGGCUGUGUGUGGGCUGAACGACUUAGAAAUGACACCGUGGUGUUCGGUAUCAAGGCAUGUCAUAACAACUACAAGCCUCUCUGCACUGAAGAUGCCAUCUCCAACAAAAUACCAAACACAAAGACUCAGCCUGAUGGAGCCGUCAUUGGCGGAAGUGUUGCUGCCGCAGUUGUCGUGAUCUUGGUGUUGGUUCUGUUGGCCAUGAUUUGGAUGAAAAGGACAAAACGUGUUUGCUUUAAAGACAAAUCACCUGACCCUGGUACCCGUCACGUGACUUCUGACGACCACAAUGUCGAGUCUGAUUACUGCGAAAUUAACGACCGCCCUGAUCAGACUGAGGCCGACUCUCUAGUCAAUAGGAAUGGAAGACAACACUACGAAUUUGAACCAGAAGCACAACUUGGAGUAUCUGGAGCGAAAGACGAACCGUAUGAAUUAGCUAUGGAUCCCAGGAAAGUGAAUGAAGACGGUGAAGGUGAUUAUGAUGAAUUACACGACAGCAGCCACAACAAAGGUCAACAGUGGAGCGGUGCUGGCACGUAAGGGUCACAUCCACGGUCGAGAUGGUCGUGGAAGUUAUGACACGUACGACAAAACCAACUCCGUGAAGGACAUUUCUCCAAUUGACGCAACCUACAGUCAUAUUCACAGUAAUCGUGGGGCUGACACGUACGACAGCGCGGCACCAGUUGAAGUAGUUUCUGCCCUUGACACGAAACACAGCCAUGUGGUUCCCAGUACACUGGGUAAUGAAUGACGAGUGACAGUGUUUCCACGAAUACUCGAGUACUCUGGCACGGGCCGAGCCUAGCAGUAUUCAAGUCCAUUCAAAGAAGGAAGGAAGGAAAUGUUUUAUUUAACGACGCACUCAACACAUUUUAUUUACGGUUAUAUGGCGUCGGAGAUAUGGUUAAGGACCAUACAGAU